AUGCAUGAUGACCGGGACGCGGACAAGGUGAAGGGCGUGGCGGUGGCGACGCUGGACGAGGACGAGGCCAGCAGGAGGAACGUCGUGGAGCCGAGGAGCAAGAAGUACCAGACGACGAGAGCGAGCUCCUCGGAGGUGGUCGAGGACGACAGGGUGAUCGGCCACCACAGAAAAUUGACGCCGGGCGUGGCGAAGUGCAGCGCGCCAGUGGUGAGUGAGGGCGCCUACCUGCUCCUGCAGAGCCUGCAGGGCGACGCGUGGGACGCCUGCGACGAGAUAAGUUUCGAGAGGAUGGACACCGCAGAGGCAUUCGACGAGAUUUUUGAGAAGUUGGACGUGCUGUACAGGUACACUCAGGAGGUCGAGUUGCCAGGAAGAUGCGACGGAUUCUUCGGAGAGUUCGCGCGGCAGCCGAAGGAGACGCUCAACGCGUACGUGCUCAGGCACGGCAAGGAGCUGACGAAGCUGCGCGAAGCUGGACUUGAGCUGCCAGAUCUACUGGCAGGAUGGCAUAUGAUGACGCGGGCGGCGAUUCCCCAGUGGCAAGUACCAAACCUCAAGGCGCUGUGCAACAACAGGUUGACGGUGCAGGUGGUCACGGAGAGUCUGAAGACGAUGUUCGGAGGCGAUAGCGUGGCGCACAAGAAGGACAUCGAUCGCGUGAGGAGUACUUAUCACGGACGAGUCAGUCGAGAGGAAGGCUACUGGAUGGAAGACUACUAUGAAGAAGAUGAUGAGGCUUACUAUGAGGACGAGUACGACCCGCACGAGGAAUACCAAGAAGAUGACGAGUGGUACGAGGAAGACGAGGAAGUGCCGGAGGAUCUCGAGAACGCCUACGAGGCUACCGAGGAGGCCUACGCAGCGUAUGCGGAGGCGCGAGCUAAGAUGAACGAAUUGGCGAAGUCCCGAGGGUUCUACCCCGUGGUGGCGCUGAUCGACGAGAAGCGUGGACUACCCCCCCCAAGAGCUGGAAAUGCCAGGCCGCCAAAAGGAAGAGGACGCAGCAGCAGUGGCAAAGCGAGAGGUGCGCAGAAGGGCAAGCAGAAAGGACGAUACGGUGGACGAGCACCCUUCGGCGGUGGCAAGGGCGGCAAGCAUUUCGACGGCAGCCCGAAGACGACGCAGACGGGAUCCACGCAGCAACACGGACCAAGGUUCAAGCGGCGACGAGAUGGAGCACCCACCAAGCACGACGAGGACGCGAAGAUGCUGUACGAGAUCGGCACGGACAAUAAGUUCACGGAGAUCGCUCCAAGCAUGGAGACGGCGCACGGAUUACAACUCGAAGAAGUGAGUUUGGCUACGGGCAAAGGAGUUGGCGACAGUGGAGCUACGAAGCCAGUCAUGAGACUCGACGAAUGGCCGAAGUGGCGCAAGAAGCUGACGGACAUGGGCAUGGCCGACCAGAUCACGACGCAGCGGUGCCAGAAGACAUUCCGGUUCGGCAACGACGCUACAGCGACGGCAAAGCAGAUGGUUACGUUCCCAGUCUGGGUUCGCAAGACGAAGCGCGAGAUCACGGUCUACCUGGUGCCGGGCAAAGUUUCUCUUUUGGUGGCUCGGCCGUGUCUCGAAGAAUGGGGCAUCGUGGUGGACUACCGCAACAAGAAGGCGAUGUACCUGGACGAAGUACCCCAGACAUGGAGCGACAUCGAGACAAACGAGAAAGGCCACAUGAUCCUGGACCUUUUGAGUUUCCCGGAAGACGCGCUGGAGAUCAAAGAGGAGUCUAGCUCGACGGACGCCGACACGGACGGAGAUCACGAGGUCAAGAGCGAAGAGGAGAUAGACUUCUACGUGACCAGCACGCAUGGCGAGGAGAAGGAGGACGCGGAGACGACGAACUUCGACGCCAAGCAGCUGAAGGACUGGUUUACGAAGGUUAACAGGACGCUCGACGAGAAACCUAAAGUUAAACGCAAGUUUUGGGAGAUCUUUGUCAAUAAGGGACGUAUUUCACAGUAUGUCGAGCAGCAUGGCGACUUCAAGACGGACAAGUAUACGUUGGACACUGGCUGGGAUUUUACGAGGAAGUCACAUCGCGAAGCGUUCUUUGAAAGACUACGACGUGAGAGGCCAGAGGAAGUUUGGAUUUCCCCGCCAUGUACGCUGUGGUCAUCGAUCAACACGCUGAACGACGCGAGUAAGGACAACAGAUAUCGGCAGCAGCGCAGACGAGAGCGAGAGAAGCAAAAGAUAGAGUUUCUGAAGUUCAGCCGAGACAUCUACGACGAGCAGCAGAAGAACGAGAGGAACGCGCAUUUGGAGCAUCCCAGAUACGCGACGUCGUGGAGCGAGGACGUCUGGCAGGACAUGGAAGGAUACGACACGUUCGUGGACCAGUGCGCGUACGGGCUGAAGGCGCUGGACCGCGACGGGCGCAGGAUCGGACCGAUCAAGAAGCCCACGAACGUGCGGACGACCAAGUACAAGAUGCACGAGGGACUUUGGAGGCGUUGCAGCUGUAAGGAGAAACACGUUAUGCUGGAAGGAGCUCACAACAGGCGCGGAGUGGAGAACUACCCGAGGAGUAUGGCGUUUCAGGCGGCAAUCUGCAUCGUGGACGACCCGCAGAACGAGUCAAGCUACGCCGUAGAGGAGAUGACGCAAGAGGAGUUUGACAAGAUCGAGUACAAGGAAGUUUGGAAGAAUUUACUUGAGAAGUUCACGCUCGACGAGGUCAAGUGGGUUGAGAAGGUGCACGUGCAGAUGGGUCACCCAUCGAGUGAAGCGUUGGCGGCAGCACUCAAGGAGAUGAACGCGGAUGAUCGUUUGGUAAGCUGCGCGCGGAUUUAUAUUUGUGAGAUAUGCUUGAAACGGCAGAGGCCUAAACCAGUACGGAUCGCCAGGAUUCCAAAAGAUAGAGGUUUCAACGACACGAUCGACAUAGAUACUUUUCACGUGAAGUGGAACGACAAGCACAAGCUGAUUUUUACGAUUAUGGACGAGAGCUCGCGAUACGAGGUCGACACGGUGGUGCCAGACGAAAAAGCGAAGACCGAGAUAAAGGCGAUCGAGAAAAACUGGAUCAAUUGGGCUGGUGUGCCAGUGCGUAUUCGGGCUGAUCAAAGUGGUGCGCAUGUGAGUGAGGAGUUUUCGGAGUGGUGCGACACGCGGCAGAUAAAAUUGCAGCUCAUACCGAGGGACGCUCAUCAUCGACUCGGGAUCCUUGAAAGGAAUCACCAAGUACGACGAGAGCAGAUCGCGAAGUAUCACGAGGACCGACCAGACGACAGCCUGAAGGUUACGGUGCGAGUGACGUGCGACAUGAGGAAUCGGCUACGCAACGUUCGAGGGUUUACUCCAGCGCAGCGUGCGCUUGGACGGCAGCCCAGAGAUCUGGGCAACAUGGCGGACGAGCCGACGACGAUGGGCGAUCUUGGAGAGCACGACGAGGGAUUCUACCUGAACCUGGGUCGCAGGCGAGACGCGGCCAAGGCCUACUUCGCGGCGAAUAUGUCGAGGGCAGUGCGGGAGGCUUUGGCGGCUCGCAACAGACCCUUAGCGAAGGAGUUCCAGAUCGGCGAGUACGUCUACUUCUGGAGGCGCGACAAGGGCGAGAGCGACUUGAUCAAGAGUUAUUGGAAGGGACCGGCGAUGGUGACGCAGGUCGAGUACACGGACGACCCCGACAAGCUGAGGCAGUCGGUCAUCUGGUGCGUGCAUAACAACACGCUGCUCAGGACGACGCACGAGUUGCUGAGGCCAGAGCUACCAGAGGAGCGACGACAACGCGAGGAAGCAGAUGAUGAUUUCGGUCUACCCUUGUCGACGGCGGAGAGAUUGCUCAAGAAGCUGAAGAGCACGACCGGCUCCAUCAAGUACAAGGAUUGCGUUGGCGACGCGCUCGGUGACCCAGAAGACCACGUAGACGACGGACGGCCCGAGGACAUGGACAUGGACGCUACAGGCGUGGACACUGAUGGUAAGGUGGAGGAGCCAGUCGAGGAGCAUGCUCAUCGUGACGAAAGGACGAGGAGCAGCGAAGAAGCCGAGCCAGCCGAGCGCGAGGUGAAGGAAGAGCAGCCGCAGCCAGCGGCGGCCGAGUCUCGACCCGAACCCGAUCUACCGGAAGCCGAUGGCGGGCGAGAACCUCAUCUCGAGGCUUCACGCCAAGAGAAAGAAGAGGACGCUAAACCGGAGGCCAUAGUGGAGAAGCGGAAGAUGGAUGACAGGGACGAGUUACUGGAGAGCAUUAAUGCGGCAAGACGCCUCGACGGGCUCAAACCGUUGGCUAAGAGACCAAGGAUAACACCGAUGGAGACGGAGAACAUCAAGACGGACACAGGCGACGACGAGCUGCUACUGCUGUACGAGGACGAGGAGAUGAUCUACCUCACGAACGCGGCGAAGCGCGACGCGGUGGUGGAGGCCAGGCUCACGCCAGACGAGAAGGUGCAGUUCGACGAGGCCAAGACCAAGGCAUUGCUACCCUGGAUCGAGAACCAGGCGUGGCAGGCGGUGAACGAGGCGACGGCGGGAGCUGGCGAAGUGUGUCCGAUGAGGUUUCUGCUGAAGUGGAAGAUGAAGGACGGAGUUCGAGAGGCAAAUGCGCGAGUGAUUCUUCAGGGAUUUCACUUGGAGGAGGUGACGAGCACUAACGUGGAGAAGGCAAGCCCUACUCUGACGAGGCUCGCGAGGUACCUCAUCCUGCUCAUCUUGUGCCAGCAGUCGUGGAAGAUGGUGGCAGCCGACGUGAAGAGCGCAUUCCUCCAGGCCAAAGACAUUCGUGAGCAGGGUGUGCGCAUUUUCAGCAGACCGACGAAGGACAUCCGAAGGAGGUUGGCGAAGAUGAUGGGCCUAAAGGACGACGAGAUAUUGCAGAUGCUCAAGCCAGCUUUCGGAGAUGUUCGCGCUCCCAGGCAGUGGAAUCAGACGAUCACGGAGGCCAUGAUCGAGAUCGGAUUUCUUCAACACCAGCUGGAUCGCUGCUGUUUUCUGUCGUACCGCAUCGCGGCCGACGGUGACGACCCCUUUCUGGUGUGGAGCGCAGACGACGGCCAGAGCUACGUACUGGACGGUAUUUUGGGUUUACACGUGGACGACUUCAUCGGUGGCGGCGAGAACUUGGAGUGCGAGGCCGACCUGACCGACAAGCAGGCCUACGAGGGCACGUUCCUAGACAGGGUGCAGACUCUCAGCAGGCGCUUUAAGUUCGGCAAGUGGGAGUUUCAGAACGGUAUCGUUUUCUGUGGUAUGGAGACCACGCAGUCGCAGUCAAGGAACGAGAUAGAGGUCAAGGCCGAGCAGUACAUCCACAAGGUGAAGCCGAUUAGCAUCGAGAAGGUACGCCGCCAGCACCCGGACGAUUUGUGUUGGCUUCGCCAAGGGCUAUGA